AUGUCAACUCUCAAACCACCGUCUCACUGCGCCAUGAUAUCAAAGAAAGCUAUGGGUAUCCUCGGCGCUAUUAGAAGAUCCUUCCUCAAUUUUGACGAAGAACUUUUCGGCCGAGUAUUUGGAGCAUUCGUUCGACCAAUGUUGGAAUAUUGUGUUCAGGCAUGGUGUCCCUGGACGAAACAAGGUUACACCCUGCUGGAGAACGUACAACGAAGAGCAACCAAGCUGGUCAGUGGAUUAAGUUGCUUACCUUAUGAGAGACGCCUGAAAAAAGCUAAAAAUAUUUUCUCUCUCUUAUAGACAAUGCAGAGGGGAUGUGAUGAUGGUCUUCAGGAUCAUCAGAGGGCUAGAAUGUGCUCUUCAGUUUGACAAUUUCUUCGAACUGACGACAAAUCUUCGAGAGCACCAACACAACUUGAAGAGGAAAUAUGCCAAACUUGAAUUGCGGGCCAAAUUCUUCUCCCACCGGCUGGCUGAAGGGUGGAACGAAUUGCCGAACUCUGUUGUCUUAGCGGAAAACGUUGAGACCUUCAAAAGAAGACUAGAUAAAUUUGUGCUUGAUGGUCAAACAUUUACACGAUAUCAAUGACUGGCAUAACUGCAUAUCUGCAUGUUUUUUUCAAAAGUCUAUCUGUAAAUAGGGUUUUCCAAGGCUCUGCCUAUAUCCCUCAUGUAUGCUGAAUUAUACUGAAUUAUACCAGGCUACUGUAUUGGCGUCUCGAACCUCAUUCGUGGAGAAGUGCCAUAAAGGUCACAUUGCGAAGGUGCCAUUGCAGUCUGAUUCGCUGUCUGGAAAGGGACCAAAUUAUCCUAUCAGUUGACAACCUUCUUUGCCAUGAUUCUAGGCACGUUAUGAUAUAUGUUAAGCGUUUCGCAUUUAUUACAAUGACGAAUACACUGAUUUGCCGUAAAAAUGGGUUAACCAGCAUCGACCUCACAUCUUCUUCCCUCACUCAUGCCACAGUCGACAGUCUGAAAUAGGAACUUUGCAGCCCCUGAACACAAGGAUGGCAUUUAAACAUUUUUAAGUCAGAACUGCCCUGAAUGUUAGCCUGCCGUGCCAUCAUUGCAGAGUCCUAUCAAGCCAAGCGGAGCCUGCCGCCUCAUUGACGCUGACUGCUGUGAACUGUUUGCCAAAGCAAAAUCAGGUUCCCAGACCUUGAUGUCAAACACGUUGGCACUUGUGGGAGAUUUUCACGAGGGCUAAUCAUGUGUAAGUCCUUUAAAUGUGCCGGAGCCUGAAGGUCGCUGCAUCUCCGGGUUAGCGUUUGACGGGGGGGGGGAGGUUGGAUGCAUGCGAGCGCCACCCAGAAAGUUGAUGAAUUCGACUUAGAUUGCUGGCUGCCGAUGCUGAAAAAAUAUUCCCUGCUAUCCUCGGAUGCAUUGAAAUAAUUCAGGGUAUGCCAGUCAGGUAAGCUGGAAAGAAAUUUCGUCCUAUUCCUUACAAGAAUAUUUGCUCCUGAGUACUAAUCGAGCGCUCUAAAUUCGAUUGGAUGACUUACUUCCCUCUAGCGAUUAUUAAUUCAUAUUCACAAGAAGUAUUAGAGUUGACUAGCAGACAGCAGUAUCAUUGGAGAGAGAACACAUGAACAUUCGAAGUGCGGUUUGACGGAUACAAUUGUACGUUUCUACAGAAUGAGGAUCUUACACCCUAGUGAUAUAGCUGCUUCUUAUGGGCAAGUAAGAGUCAUCGAUAAUCAGUUCAAGCGCGAAUCAGAAAGACAGGCUAACUGUUGUCCGGCUCGCCAUCCUACCACCAUUACGCUUGUCAUAAUCCGUCUAAUCCAGGUAUGAUAUCAUCACGUCGGUGAGGUGAAGCAUAAGGAGGAGGGUGAGGAGGAUGAUGAUGCUGCUGAUGAUGAUGAUGAUGAUGAGGAGGAGGAGGAGGAGGAGGAGGAGGAGGAGAAGGAGGAGAAGGAGGAGGGGAAGGAGGAGAAGGAGGAUAGAUUGCGGUGCCCGUAA